AUGUUCAUUAGACGUCCGCUGUCAUUACUGUCUCGUUUCAACAAAAUUAAAUUAAUUCAAUCUAUACCAGCCCUAUCAUCGACAACAUCGAUUUAUGAUCAAAAUCCAUCACUGAUUGCUUACAAAAAAAUCAUCGAUAUUUACGAUUUUUAUUUGAACACAAAAAUUGAAAUCGAAAAUGGGUUACCAGUACCAUCGACAGCCACAUCACUCAUACACGGGCGCACAAUUAUGGAUAUUGGAACAGUUGUGAAAUUCGAAAUAAAAUCUGGUCUUCGAAAACGUUCUGGUGGCAAAUUAUGUCAAUGUGAUGUAGUUACUGAUGUUAAUAUAGCAUUUACAGAAGGAAAACAUGUUAAACGUCCUGAUGUGGCCUUUUUUUUUACUCGAGAGAAGAAUUUGGACGUCGACAGUGUUACGACACGAAUACCCCAUUGUGUUAUCAACGUGACAAGUCCAGGAAACGCAUCGAAAGACUUAAUAACAAAUUUGGAUAUUUAUUUACCGGGGGUUAACGAUUAUAUUGUGGUCGAUGUUCGUGAAGGUGCACAAAAAAUUAUACAUUAUACACAGCACAAAGAUAGAAAACAUAUGUACGAUAAAAGAUCAACAUUACAAUUAACAUGUGGUUGUAAUUUAGCCGUUUGUGCUGCUGAUAUUGAGUGUGAUGACAAAAGUUGUUUGGUCCAUCAUUUCAUUCAAAGAUAA